AUGAACGACAUGUACGACACCUGCCCUCCCGUCCGCCCCUCCAUCCGAUCCUCCCACACACGAGUCUCGCUCACCAACUCACAACCAAGCCUCGAUGCCAAAGUCGUUGUCAUGGGUAGUGCAGGCGUUGGUAAAACUUCACUCGUUACCCGCUACGUCGAAGGUCGCUUUGGUCAGACUACCACCACUACCGGUGCCUUCUUCUAUUCCAAAAAGGCCAUUGUCGAUGGUACCAAGGUUCGUCUCCAGAUCUGGGAUACCGCAGGCCAAGAACGCUUCCGAUCCAUGGCUCCCAUGUAUUACCGAGGCGCGAGCGCUGCUAUUCUCGUCUACGACAUUACCAGCGCUUCCUCCUUCGAGGAUGUCAAGCUUUGGAUUGAUGAGCUCAAACGGAACUGCGAUCCCGACCUACUCAUUUAUAUCGUCGGCGCAAAGGCAGACCUCGCUGCACAAGGCCAACGGGUUGUUACUUCUGACCGAGCCCGACUCGCGCUGCAUACCUGGUUCCCCCCGCCUCCCCCACCCAUCUCGUACUCGGCUGCUACAACUGCCCCCGGCACCCCCAAGACCGAGGGCGUCUAUGACUCGUACAUCCGCCCGCGUCUCACAAGCCUCACCAGUUCCCGAAGUGUACCCUUUGGCUUUGGCUCCGUCUCGCUUAGCACCCUCGCAGGAGUGACAACCGGGCGCCUACCUUCCCCCAUGGCUGAAGUCAGCUCUGGCGCUAGCGCAACCUCGGCUUCCUCGUCCGGUGCUCCCCCACGAAGAAGGCCGGGACACGUCUAUUCUCGUUCGUUUGCCGGUCGCUUGGAGGACGAGGGAUACGGCGGGGAAGAGACCUCUUGGUCAGGCGAGGAGCGCGGAAGGGAAAAGAGGCGUACCCGGAGCGGAGGGCGCGAUCUUGAAAUCGCCGAGUUCGCACGGGGCAUGCCUUCUUGGUCGACGAGACGAGGGCGGAGUACCGACGACGUUGUUGUCGAGGAUGACGAGACGGAGGAAGAGGAGAGCUGGGGACUCGGCAAGGGGAUGCAGCUUCGCGAGGUCAGCGCCAAGGACGAUCGAGGCAUCCAAAAUCUGUUCGAUGUGAUCAUCAAGGAGAUUAUUAAGCGCAAGGAUGUGCUUGAACGCGACCGCAUUGCCAAGGAGAGGGAUUCGAUAGUUCUUAACCCCAGCUGGAACCGUGUGGCCGAAGAGGAAGAGGCAGCUACGUUGCGCAAAAGCGGCGGGAGCUGCUGCGCUGUAGGAGGAAGGCGCGUGGCGACUGUAGACGUGGGAGCUAGACCAAGGGAGGUGGGAGAACCAAGCGACGACGAAUUCUAUCUGGACGGCGGAAAUCGACAAUGUGAGGCUGAACUGUGGGACAGCGAAGUAUACCAUUUGGGAAGCACAUACGACGGCAAUGGAUCGGCACUUGAAAUCAUGGCAAGAAGGAACUCGAUAACACCCGCUGCUUGUCAACUAACCCAUCUCAUUUCGGGAUCGGGCGAUCGGGCACACGUGAUAGGACGAUAA